CACUAAUUAUGAAUUAUGCUAAUUCAUAAUUAGGGCAAUCAACCCCUCGUAAUACAGAUUUGGAACUCACGUAAACGUUUGGGGUCUUAAGGAGGCCUGUCACCAAGCAACACCUGCGUCUGUAUUGUAGAGGUCCGAUCUUUCCUGGAGUAGUCACACCCUAACUCAGUGGCGGUACAAAGGAAAGGAAUCUGUCCCUCCGGGCUUCGUUCCUGCUGGCCCUCGGCACUUCACGCCUGCCCGUCUUACCCUUAGCUCCUGUCUCUCUAUGUGGGUGACAUUCACCACAUGGCAGUGGAGAGGUGAAACUCUGACACUGACAUCAGGGAAGUGUGGCAGGCAGUUAAUGGAGUGACGUGACGCUUCACUAUGGCAAAGAUCAAAUACUUCUUAGUAACACUGACGGCACUCUGCUUCUUCCUCCUGGUGUACCUGAACUGGAAUACUGUCAAACUUCAGUCUUCUAGAUUUAGGCCUGUUCCAAUGCACAAGGAAGGAUUUAGAAUGGUGGAGGACAUUGGGAUACUGAAGGCCUUGGAAGUGAAGUUUCUUCCCAACUUCAAGAAUCCGUGUUGGUAUGAAGUGCGGAGGCACAACAGGCAACCCCACCCCCAGGAUGUGCAGCACUUCCAAAUAGUGCCGUCAGCAAUGCAACACAGGUACAGGAGUAUUAAUCACGCUGAUGAAGUGCUACAAUGCCUUCCAUAUUUUUUUUUGAUUGGGCAACCCAAGUGUGCCACAACAGACAUCUUCCACAGAAUCAACAGCCACCCUGAUGUGGCAAAGCCUGUGGUGAAAGGACCAAACUGGUGGACCAGAAAAAGAUUUGGGAUGCCAUAUGUUCCACAGCCAGUACCUUUGAGUGAGUACAUAAAUUUGUUUAAUGCAUCCAAAAUCAAAGGAUAUAAACAAACCUCAGGUGAACUUCAGGACACAUGGGAAUACCCGAGAAUCACAGGUGAUGGCAGCACUUCCACACUAUGGGACAGUGCUCCAACCAUGGGUUACCUGCACCACCUCAUGACCACACACAAAGGCACCAAUAUAGUCCAAGUGUUGCUCCAAGGCAGAAAGGAAUCAAACAGUGUGCCAAAUGUUAGGAAUUCAUCAAAAAUUGAUGCCAUCAGUUAUGAACAUGCCCACAGUCACGAGUGGAAUCAGUCACCUGCACCACAGAGGGGCAUAGUGCUUCCCUUCACAGUAGCUGAUGUUAUUCAUCUGAUACUGCCCAAGUCUCGGAUCAUAGCAGUGUUUCGUGAACCUGUUUCAAGGCUGUUUUCUAGUUAUCUCUUCUUCACUAAGAAGGGAGACCUUUCUCCUCGCCACUUUGAUGAGUCUGUGAGAACCUCGAUACAAAAGUGGAAUGCUUGUGUCAGGCAGUAUUCAGACCGGACAUGUGCUUACAACAAAACUCUACAAAAUGCUAUGGGAGUUCGUUUGUAUAACGGACUGUAUAAUAUAUACAUUAAGGACUGGCUGCAGGUCUUUCCUCGGGAACAAGUGUUGGUGUUACGAAUGGAAGAUUACCAUAACAAUGUUACCAAAACUCUGGCAAGCAUUUACCACCACCUGGGUCUGAGAUCAGCAACACCUGACAAAAACAAAAGAAUAAACAUACAUAAAGUCUAUAACAAAAACAUGAAGAAAUUUUUAGUAGGAGAUAUGUUUGGCUCAACAAGAAAAAUACUUCAAGAAUUUUAUAAACCUUAUAACAAAGAUUUAGCAAAUCUUUUAAAUGAUCCAAAAUUCAAAUGGGAAGAUGUAAGUGCAACACUGUGAUAAUGAAUAUUCCCUGAAUGUUCCACCUCUCUCUCUCUCUCUCUCUCUCUCUCUCUCUCUCUCUCUCUCUCUCUCUCUCUCUCUCUCUCUCUCUCUCUCUCUGGUCUUAAGAUACAUACAUCACAUGAAAUGCAAAAUACAAAUAACACUCAAAUUUCUAGGGGAACAAAGAUCAGGAUAUCAGUGAGUCUAUAUUUCAUUUAAGUUCUAAGUCUUUAUCAUGUGCACAAUAAAUGCCACAUUCUAAUGAACUGAAGUUAUAUUUAAGCCACAUAAUUCUUAGAAAAUGUGCUUUCUAGCCAAGGAAACAAGUCAUUGCAUUGAGUUCAUUUUUGUUUCUUCUGGUAACUUAGAGCAUGCAUCAUGAGCAAAAAAGACUAACAAAUCAAGAGAUUUCAGGUUAAAAUCCAACAUAAAAAUGUAAAAUUUUGAUGGAUGGCAAAUAGUUAUUUUUCAGUUAUACUUCACAACUGACACAUCACUCAUUUCAAUUCAACACAAAUUUCCUUGGCCUUACAUCAAAAAUUUUGUUGCAUGUCCAUGCAAUAUUACUGUAACAGAUGUAUAAAUACUUGACACCAACCAAUUUAAGUAAAAAAAAAAUUUCUACAGAAGAUCAAACAAACUGAACAUUGUACAGAUGCCAACACAUGCAUAAGAUGCAACUUCAUAUCUGGCUUCUUUCAAGGUUGUCUUGCAGUUUUGUUUUCCCCUCUUUUGCAAUGGCAUGGGCUGUGCCUGAUCCAGCUAUGUCAAGUCUUUCAAGUUACACAAAGAGAAAACAUUAUUCUGAUUAACAUAUGAAAAUAUAAACAUAUGUCAAAUAACAUGUCCUUUCCAAAUAAAGUGUUAAUGUAUCACAACCAAUAACAACUUUUAUCACAAUGAACACUCCUCAUAAUAAAUUUUCCAAUCUCACUAAUUCAUGCAUCCUGUAAUAUUUAUAGCACAACCUCAUUCUAAUAAAUCAACUCUGAUAUCAUCAUUACCAAAACCAUAGUCAACCUAUAAGUGUGUUAAAGCAUUUAACUCUGACAUUAUACCAAAUCCAAGAGGAAAAAAAGCCUGACUUCCUCUUCACUUUUCAGUAAUCUUACAAAAUAUAAUGUUUAACACUGAGAAUUUGAGUUUAAAAGAUUACAUGGCUCAAUUUCAUGAAAGUGUUCCUGAAUUCACGAUGCAAAAGACAAUUGUCACUAAAACAUUUCACACUUCACAAGUGAAGACUUGGGUGUGGAAUGAAAUACAAAGGUCAAGGAUCAAAGUUGCUGAAAUGAAUUACUUGUAUGAUUGUAAUGUGCAAAGAAUAGGCAACGGAAGUAAUAAGUAUAUAUAUCAAAUCUAGUGGUAUAUCAAGUAAAACAUGAAUAAUAUGAAAUGGCUAUGACUAUUACAGUGUAGCACACUGAGGUGAUUUUUGCCUCAUGGAAAAAAAAUGUAAAUAUGACAGUGACAAUAGUAACAGCAGAAAUGGUAAGGUAUGGAAACUUGCAUGAUGGACAUCUGACAUUGAUGAAACCAUAAAAAAGGAGAACAUAUGAGAAAAUGUUGAAAAAAAAAUGUCCCCGAGAAAAUUCAAAUUAAUAAAAGUACAAAUCUUAAAUAGGAAAAUGAAGGAACUGAUAUGAGAAUGUUAAAGGAAAGUAGAUGAAAAGUUUGAUAGGGAACAGUGUGAAAAGUUCAAUGAGAAUAAGAAAUUGAUUUGGAAGGAAAUUAAGAGAGAGGGGAGAGAUAUGUGGGAAUAUACAAAAGAAAGAGGAUAGUUCUUGUGGGUAGUAAAGAAGCAGUGGAAGGUGUGUGGAAAAGGCAUUUUGACAAUUUCAUGAAUGAGAAGAUAGUGGAGGAAGCAACGGUAUUUAGUAUUGGUAUGGAGGCAAAUGAAGAGUAUUUAUGCAGAGAGUAAUUAAUAGGAAGUAGAUAAAGUGAUAGCUGGACUUAAGUGUGGCAAAGCUGUAGGUAUACAUGUAAUAACUGCAAAAAUGUUAAAGUAUGGAGGUGAAGUAAUAGCAGACUGGAUGCUUUAAAAGGAUGAAAAUGAUGCAGUGUCCACAGAUCCAGAGAAAGUACAUGACAUGGUGGAUAAGGAAGCCCUUUGGGAUAUCCUUAAGAGUUACAGUAUAGGGGCUCAGUUGUUGUAUAGAAUCAAGUAAGUUUUUAUAGGGAUUUGUGAAGGUAGAGGAAGAGCUAGGAUAGAGUUCUGUUGUAGGAAAAACAGUGCAGCAGGAAUAUGUGGUCUCUGUGGUUGUCUUAUAUUUUAUGGAUGGCCAUAUGAAGAUGAAACCUAAAUUAGGGAAUGCAAGUACAAGCUGAAACAGAAUGGAGUGAGAUUGGCUGUAAUAGUAUGUCUGUUUGCAGAAGACACUGUCUUACUGUAAGGCAGAGAGUGGAAGAAAACUUCAGAGAUUGGUGGAUAGGAUGUGUAAGAUGGAAACUAAAGGUAAAUGCUGGUAAAAGUAAGGUGAUGGUUUUUGAGAAGAGAGAAGUGGAGGUGUGAUAUUCUAGAAUAUCUAACAGGAUGAGUGUGCCAGCUGUAAGCAGAUGUAAGGUGAUUAUGGGGAGAUAAAGAGAAUGGAGAUGUUGAGUGAGUAUUUGGAAACAAUGCUAAGUAAAUACAUGUAGUGAGAUGGAUUAAAAUGAGAGGUUUGUGAAAGAUAGGCAUGUCAUAGGAUCACUUGCAUGAUUCAUAAAAGAGGGAAAUGUGU